AAAAUUAAUAAUUAAUUUUUCAUCUAUUGUUGAAAGCAUUACAAGUCGAUAUCAAUCAAGCCCAACAAAAAAUAAUCGAGAACCAAAGUCAUGGAGAGGAGUAAAGAGGAGUGCUAUGAAGAAGAAAACUUAGAUUACGGCAUAGAGCCACAGUCUGCGAUGAAAAGGAAGAAGAACAAGAGCAAGAACACAAGGCGGUUUAGCGACGAACAAAUCAGCUUGUUGGAGUCUAUAUUCGAAGCAGACUCGAAGCUCGAGCCAAGGAGGAAGGUGCAGUUGGCAAGAGAGCUUGGGCUGCAACCUCGCCAGGUUGCAAUAUGGUUUCAGAACAGAAGAGCUAGAUGGAAGUCCAAACAGAUAGAGCAGGAUCUCAGAAGUCUCAGAGAAGAUUAUGACAAGUUAGCAUCUCGGUUUGAAUCUUUGAAGGAGGAGAAGCAGUCUUUGCUUAUGCAGUUGCAGAAGUUACACGAUCUUGUGGGAACAUCUCGCGAUGGCGCCCCUCCCGAAGAUUCUCUCGCAAAUCAGACGGCAGAUGGAUCGAGUUACAAAGAAGGGAAUUGUAAGACUAGUGCUCGAGUAAGACUAGAAGAGGCAUUGGAGCAGAGAGGAGCCAUAGAUUCACAUACAAGCCAUGAUGUUGGUGGGGAGUUUGGAGAUGAAAUACACGAUCUUCUGAACAUUGGUCAAUUGGAUGCCUCUCUGACACCUCAAGGAUUGCAUAGGUUGGAUUCAGGCAACAUUCUGGUUGAUCGUUGUAAUUCACACUGGUUAAAUUUCUGGACCUGAAAUUUCCAACCCCCCCACCCCGCACAUAAAAGUUUGGUGUAAUUGGUGUGGAAUUUUUCUUGUAAUCCAUGUACUGAGGUCAACUAACAGCUUCUAUCGACGUCAAACAGUAA